CGGCUACUCUCACAUUCAGUCAGCCAGUCGCUUUUGCUGUGAGCUGAAAACAAGUAUUCCGUCUUGGACGUCAGUCUUUAACAUUCAGUCGUCCGCUAAGGUACAGAGUUUUCUAAUCCACAAGUGCUUUGAAAUCUAAUUUCAGAAUACAACAAGUUUAAGGCCAGGUGUAUAUUUCUAUUAAAAACAAAUGGCAACUUUAAGUGCUUUGAAUACCAGUGAAUUGCUGUACGAGGAGAAACAAUUGUAUCGGCCUUCCUUGGCAGAACUUAAAGAAGUUAUACAGUCAGCACUAGUUAAAAAUUUUGAAAAUGUGACCGUAGAGAUUACCGACUGUCCCGAUUUAAAGACGCCGGAAUAUGGGCUAAUGGAUUCGGGUUUGGGUGGUUCUCCCACUCUUCUGGAGCUGGGUGGCCCACCUUAUCUGCUGCCGUUGGUGCAACGCGAAAAGCUAUACAACGUUAAGGAAAUCUGCCAGAAAACUAUGGGUGGUGGCAAAAUUUUGGCUGUUGGUGCCGGCGCCGGUCCCUAUCCCUUGCGCAACUCCAAUUGCGAGGGUAUCUACAACAUGAGUAUUUCAGCGGAAGGCCAACUCAAAAACGGUAGCUAUACAGCAAAAGUCUCAGGUUUGGAGGAGAGCUGUGUUUUGGAAGCCAUUCCGGAUACGGAACCCCGCUGUGCUCUUCUGCUGAAUUUGUUUGUUUGUCGCGGUGAGCCGGGUCAGGUUUUGAAGAUUAGCUGUAAAAAACGUACCGGUCAUUUGAAUUUCAUUGAAUGUAUACGCCAAGGUCUCUUGGAAAAGUACCAGGAUAAAUGUGUGGGAAUGGGUGGCAUGUUUAAAAUUAAUCAAGGCAAGGCGCAUCAGCACGUCAUGAGAGAUUUCAGUAGGACGCCCAUUGUCGACGAACAUGAGCUUAAUCAAUGGCUGAAGUUCUAUGAGAUGCCAGCAACAUUAACUGCCCUGGGCACACUGAUAACUCAUGAAAAUGAUCUGGAUUUACGUUUGCAGCAUUUCCAUUCCUUUUCCAACUCAAACUGGGGUGGCCACUAUCAUUACGACACCACACCUGAGAUUGUGGAAUAUGAGGCUUACCUGAAUGUGGCUGAGCGUGUGGUGCGAGUGGAUAAACCCAAGGAGACACAUAAAUUCGGUAGAGAUUAACACGCUCUGGUUUGGGGGGGGGGGGGGUGUAAUAACGGAGCAGAAGGAUGUUGGUGAUGGUUUUAAUGACUUAAUUUGAUUGCUCCGCCACUACAUCUCCUGGUUUCUCUUUUGUAUAUAUAUACCUACAUACAUUUUGUUACAAGUAAUAAAUUUUAUUUUUAUGACAUAGAGUA